CCACACCACACCCAGCUAGAGCGAGGCGGACGCCCAAGCAACCACACUCUCCCACCCUCGCAAGGAAGAAGAAGAAGAGGUCUUCGCUCCAGACCUGCUUUGCUUAGCUUCGUCUGUGAACUGGCUACCAUGUCGUCGUCCGCCAUGGAAGCGCUCCACGCCCUGAUCCCGGAGCAGCAGCAGCAGCGCCAGGACUGGGAGGCGGUCAGCGGCGCCACCAGCGGCGAGGAGAGCGGCCACGUGCUGCAGGGAUGGGCCAAGAGGAAGCGAUCGCGCCGCCACCGCUCUGAGGAGGAGAACCUCGCGCUCUGCCUCCUCAUGCUCUCCCGUGGCGGCGGCGGCGGUGGCAAGCAGCGUGUUCAGGCACCGCAGCCCGAGUCGUUCGCUGCGCCGGCGGUCGCUGAGUUCAAGUGCUCCGUCUGCGGCAGGUCUUUCGGCUCCUACCAGGCGCUCGGUGGCCACAAGACGAGCCACCGGGUGAAGCUGCCGUCUCCUCCCGCUGAUGCCGCCGCCGCUCCGCUCGUGUCCCUCCCGGCCGUCGCCGCCGUCCUGCCCUCCGCCGAGCCGGCCACGUCGUCCACCGCGGCGUCCUCCGACGGCGCGACCAACAGGGUCCACAGGUGCUCCAUCUGCCAAAAGGAGUUCCCAACCGGGCAGGCGCUGGGCGGGCACAAGAGGAAGCACUACGACGGCGGCGUGGGCGGCGUCGCCGCCUCGUCCACCGAGCUCCUGGCCGCCGCGGCCGCCGAGUCCGAGGUGGGGAGCACCGGCAACGGGAGCUCCGCCGCCCGGGCCUUCGACCUGAACAUCCCGGCCGUGCCGGAGUUCGUGUGGAGGCCGUGCGCCAAGGGCAAGAUGAUGUGGGAGGACGACGAGGAGGUGCAGAGCCCUCUCGCCUUCAAGAAGCCUCGGCUUCUCACCGCGUGAGCAGCUAGCUGCUGCAUGGAUCCCAUCGAUCCAUCCCAAGUUUUUGGUCCAGUCGAUCCAGUGGUGAAAUUCGUUCAUUCGUUUGGUUUAAUUUGUUCUGCUCCUGUACAGAUUGAGUGAGUGAGCGAGUGAGUAAUACUACAUACAUACAUACAUACAUACUCCAGUAGCCAUAUACGUAGAUAUAGGUCCUAGAUCUUGUUGGUUCCUUGUAAACGACGGAGGAGUGCUUGUAUCCUCCUUGAGUUGUUGUGUAGGCGUCAGUAUAUUGUAGUCCAGAGUUCAUACAUACUCAUACAGAGAUUGGUCAUGAACUAGCAGUACUGUGUAACAUGAACUUAUGAUUGGUCAUGAACUAGCAGUACUGUGUAACAUGAACAUCAAUGGAAUUGGAAAUCAUUGGAAUUGAUUGAAUA